AUGAGACAACAAUUCGAAGAGAGAACAGAGAAGAGAAGGGCAGCGUUAAGCGACAGCCAGAUCACUGUCAUAAAUCCCCCAAUGAAGCAGCUCCCGUUCCCGUUUGCGCUGAAUAUUGGCACUGAUAUCGUCCAUAUCCCCCGUAUCCAACGACUCGUUGCCCGCUCCGUCGCCGCCAGCACCAGUCUCGACCCUGCCGCCGCUACCAACCAGAAAACGUCCCUCUCCAGAUUUGUCCGUCGUAUACUCUGCGAACAGGAGCAGGCAUACUUCAAAUCCAAGUUCAAGCUGUCGUCUGUUGCCUCUGAUGUCCAGUUACCUUCUCAACCUAUAACUGCUCAGACGUCCACGGAAAUUGCAAGAUGGCUAGCUGGACGGUUUGCUGCUAAAGAAGCGGCUCGGAAGGCGGCUCCUGGAGGUGCGGCAAGUGUAAACUGGAAGGAAGUGAUGAUUCGAGCUGAAGCUGGCGGAGACGGACGACCAGAGGUGGUAUAUCUUCGUGAAGGAGGAUCUGUAGGUCAGCCUGGGAAGCUCUCGAUCUCUCACGACGGGGAGUAUGUCGUUGCAACGGUUAUUGCAGCUACUCCGGAGUUGUGA